AUGACCCGAAAAAUUUUCCAGGAAGAGAUUAAAAGGUUCUCUAGGCAUCUGUCCCGCACCAAGCCCGGCACCAAGAACCUUCUCCUCCUGGACAAUUUUUCGGGUCAUCUUAUUGACCUCGUCGCACUAGGUGUGCACAACGUCCAAGUCGAAUACUUUAAGCCGGGCUGCACAGGCCAGUUCCAGCCCUUGGACAUGCUCUUCUUUGCUGCCCUAAAAAAUCAGUACAGAAUUUUCCUGAGGAAAUUUCGUCAAGGGCAGCAGAAGAGCAGUCCGGGGCUGGAACUGUCUGUAAAGACCGUCGCCCGGCUUGGUUCCGAGAUGAAGCCCGGCAUUGUCAGGGCUUGUUGGCGAAAAACUGGUCUCACCAGAUUCGCAAAGCUUCAGGGCGACACGAUCGACAAUGAAGAAGAGGAGAUAAGGCGGCAUUCAAUCGAGAGGAUCGAAGAAGAACUCGCCCAGCUUCAGCUUCAAGACGACGAUGAAGAAGAUGUUGAGGUCAUGGAGAUUGCUGAACAACAACGCGAGAAACAAAUUACUCGACAUGACCCUCUGGAAAUUAACGAACAAAAUAGAGUCUGGAAAAGUCGAAAAAAAGGGCUUCUCGCUUCAGCUGAGACGCCAGAAUUCCGAAUGGAAAUCCGCUCCCGAAAAGAUGUCACAGUAGAAUACCUUAAUACCGAUGCAGAAGGAAUAGUUCUUUAUAGAUUUGAAGACCAAACUGCAUCGAGAAUUGAACGAGACUGCAGCAAAUCUUCGGACAAUACCACUUUGAACCACAACGACGACAACGAAAACCAAGCUAUCGACCAGGCUAUCAUUAUCGACUGA